CCAAGCUACAUAAUUCUCUUUAUGCUUUAUCCACAUUAAACAUAUCAGAGGCCAAGCCACAUAAUUCUCUUUAUGCUUUAUCCACAUUUUCUCUUUAUGCUCAGAGGCCAAGCCACAUAAUUCUCUUUAUGGCCAUCAAUCAUAGACAUGCUCAUCUAUUUGGUACCACUUGCUGCACUUUUUAAGUACAGAUACUUCAAAUGACUCAUUAUAUUCAUCAUGUACUUGACUGUGGAACCAUUUGUUUUGCUAGUAAACCUGAUUCUCAGAAAAAUGAGUCAAAAACAAAAGCAGUGGGCUGAAUUUGACAUAAAUGAUUCGCUAGAAUAAAGUAGAAUGUACAGCAACUGCCACUCUCUUCAACUUUUUCCCAUUUUAAAAAAUUUGACCUUUAGCUGAGCCAUCCAAUCACUCCUCCCUGAAAUCAAGACGAUGGCUACUCAUUCUAAUGAUAGCCAUGCUUCAGUUAACCAAGAUGCAAACACAGGAAAACACUUGGAUGCAGGUGCUAUAUUUGUGUUGGAAUCGAAAGGAACAUGGCUUCAUGCUGGCUAUCAUUUGACAGCCUCCAUAGUUGGACCUCAGCUGCUGAGCCUCCCAUUUGCAUUUGCAUCCUUAGGAUGGGGUGCAGGAAUAGUAUUACUAGCCAUUGGAGCAGCUGUUACUUUCUAUUCAUAUAAUCUCCUGUCACUGGUGCUGGAACAUCUAGAGCUCAAGGGCAACAGACACCUAAGGUUUAGUGAUGUGACCACAGCUAUUAUGGGCCCAAGAUGGGGUCGUUUCGUGGUGGGACCACUACAGUUUGCAGUCUGCUGCGGAGCUGUUGUUUCAUGUACUCUUCUUGGAGGUCAGAGUUUGAAGUUCUUAUAUAAAAUCUAUCAUCCAAAUGGGGAGAUGCAGUUGUACCUAUUUAUAAUUCUAUUUGGAGGGCUGAUGCUUCUGCUGGCUCAAAUGCCGUCCUUUCAUUCACUGAGAUAUAUAAAUCUAGCAUCUUUGCUGCUGUGCUUUUCCUUUACUGCAUGUGCUGUGGGAGGUUCCAUCCAUGCAGGAAUCUCGAGUGAUUCAGAGAACAAGGACUACAGUUUGGUUGGCAGUAAAACAAGCAAAUUUCUGGCGGGUUUGAACUCUUUCUCGAUAAUUGCAACAACUUAUGGCAAUGGAAUCAUUCCUGAGAUUCAGGCCACUAUAGCUCCCCCAAUUUCAGGAAAAAUGUUCAAAGCACUGUGUGUGUGUUAUACAGUGGUUGUGUCCACCUACUUCUCUGCUGCAAUUUCAGGCUACUGGGCCUUCGGCAACAAAGCCCAAGGGACAAUUUACAGCAACUUUGCGCCUGUAGGAAGGCCAGCUUAUGUUCCCAACUGGUUUCUCUUCAUGGCCAACAUUUUUAUCCUCCUCCAAACAUCCACGGUGACUCUGACUUAUUUCCAACCAGCAUUUGCAGCUCUCGAAAGCAGAUCUGCAGAUGUAGAGAAAGGGAGAUUUUCUAUGCGAAAUGUUGUUCCCAGAUUGAUUGUAAGAUCUUUUUGGGUGGUAAUUGUAACUUUGGUGGCUGCCAUGCUGCCAUUUUUUGGAGAUAUUAAUGCGGUGAUGGGUGCAUUUGGGAUUAUGCCAUUGGACUUUAUUUUACCAAUGGUGCUCUACAACAUAACAUUCAAGCCUUCCAGAAGGAGCUUACUUUUCUGGGUGAAUAGCUCGAUUGGUGUCUUGUUUUCUGUUGUGGGAAUUCUGAGCUGCUUUGCAGCCGCCAGACAAAUCGUCCUAGAUGCUAACACCUACAAGCUCUUCGCCAAUGUCUGAUCUCUUUAGUUACAGGCGUACUCGAGAUUGACCAAAAGGAGCGUAUUUGUUUCUUCUAAAAUAAGAUGAUAAAAUUAGCACCUUGAUCCUGUGCCUUUAUAAAAAAUGAAAAAUCCUGUGCAGUGUGUUUGCAUGGGGUAUUGUCAUUCCUUAUAAUAAUUAUAUACCAUUAAUUGAGGAUUCUUUUUGGUGGUC